AUGAAUAUUCCAAAUAAUUCUGAAAAUUCAGAGCAAAAUAACAUAGAAAAUAGUAUAAAUUUUUCAGAUAACAGAAAUAAUAGUUAUCUAGGGAAUGAUGAUGGUAGUAUUAUAGAUGAUAAUAACAUAAUAGAAGACGAAUGUAUUACACCAAAAGAUGAUGAAGAAAAUGUAAAUUCAAGAAAAAAAAAAAAAAAUGAUAAAUUAAAUAAAAACGAAAACAAAAAUUUAAGGAUAGGAAGAAAUGAAUCUAGAAAUGAAACAAAUUAUCAUCUCCAAAAUGGUCACAAUUCAAAUAUAUUAAGUAAUGCUAUAAAUAAUGCAAUAAAUAAUGUGAUACAUAGUGCAAUAAAUAAUCGUAAUAACCUAAAUAAUAAUGUUACUAAUACAAUUUCAAAUAACAACAAUAAUAGUAAUAUUUCUUACAAUAUGUUUUCAUUAGAUAAUAUUUUUGUUAAUGAACCAAAUAAUUUUUUUUUACAAGAUGGAGUACAUGCAGAAAGUAACAACGCUGAUGAACAAGAAGAUGAUGAAAUUGAAGAACAUCAAGGAAAUGAUGCAAUUGAAAAUGUAAAUGAAGAAGAAGAAGAAGAAGAUGAUGAUGAAGAAGAAAAUGAAGUUGAUGAAAUUGAAGAUGAAAUAGAAGAAAUUGAUGAAUAUGAAGAAAGAGAUGCUGAAGAAUUUCAAGAUGUGUCAGAAGAAAAAAAAGAAUCAGUAAAAGUAGGACAACAGCAAAAUAAAAAGAUAAAAAAAAAAAAAAAAAAAAAUGAAAAUGAAGAUCAUAUAUUAUGUAAUAAUGAUAAUGAUUGCAAUGAAAGUGUAUUAUUAAAUAAUGAUAUAAUAUCUAUGUCAAAUGAAAAAUCUUUUUCUCAUAUUAACACAUUAAACAGUGGAAAAGUAGAUAACUUAACUUUAUAUUUACAAAAAGAAUUAACUUGUCCUAUAUGUUUAGAUUAUUUUUAUCUACCUGUAACUAUGAAUUGUGGUCAUACUUUUUGCAGAUAUUGUAUUGGUCAUAAUAAAUUGAAUGGCAAAAAUUGCCCUUUAUGUAGGCAACCAUUAGGGCAUACUUCAUGUAUUAAUACAAUUAUAUCUAAUUUAGUACGCAUUUAUAAUUUAAGAAGGAAAUCAUUAAAAAUAUAUAAAUCUAUAGAAAUAGUUAAUACAGUAGACGAAAUUUGGUGGAAUGAAAAUUUUAUAAAACCACAAGUUAGUGUGUCUCUAUUUUUAAGAAUAUUUUUGCAUGACAUGAUAUCACCACCUAUCUUUUUUGAUGAUUUAACAGCAUGUAUCAUUGAUUUUUUUACGGUAAAUAAUUUAUGGUCUAAAGCCAAAUGGGUAUUUAAUAUAAAAGAUUGUAGAGUAUUUAGCGAGUUAAUAGGAUACGACAAAGAUGAUAAAGAAACGACUAGCGAAAGAUUGCAUGCAUGGGUUGAGAGAUAUAUAACACAAAAUCCAUCAAUGUGUAUGAGAAAAGAAGAAAAAAUUAUAUUAAAAUUAUAUCAAGAUAGAACACAUAGAAUAGAUAGUCAUAUAUUUGAUUCUUCUGUAUUACCUAAUAGAUUACCAUGGGAUGGUGGAAGACAUGCAAAAAGUUUAAUUCAUAUGCCGCAUUCAUCGGUUUCUCUUUCACAUUUAUUGUUUGUAAAAGCAGAAAACAAUACCAUUGGAGUGGUAGAUUGUGGUUCAACAAUUGGAACAAUGAUCAAAGUAAACAAUUAUCAUAUAUUGAAAGAAGGUGAUGUUAUACAUAUAGGUGAUAGAUUAGAAGUAACGGUAUCUAUUGAGAAAAAUACGGCAGGAAUGCCAUAUAAAGGUUACGUGUGGAACAAAAAUGCAAAUAAAGUUUUAGACAGACAUGAAUUAAACGAGUUAAUAAAAUUUGAAACUAAUAGCAAUCAAGAUAUAUAUUUAACAGAAGAUCAAAUACCUUCUUAUUGUGAAAAUAUUGAGUCAAAUUUAUUAAUUAAAUUUGAUUUUGGCACAACAAAAGAAGAAAUUACACCAAAAACUGAAUACAUUGAUCCUAAGGGAGUUGUGUUAGGUAGAGGCCCAUAUGCCCAAUCUAGUUAUAAAAAAAUAUCAGUAACUAAUUCAAAUGGUUAUGUAUCAAGGGAGCAUUGUUUAAUUUACUAUGAUGGAUCUAAACUAGAAGGGGAAAGGUGGCUUUUAAGAGAUACUAGUACUUUAGGAACUUUUCUUAAAAUAAAAUCAUAUUCUAAUCCAGUACCAUUACCUAUUGGUUCUAUAUUUAAAGCAGGUCAAUGUAAAAUAGAAGUAUGUUCUCAUGAUACAGCACAAUAUAUACAAUAUCCUGAAAGAUCCUUAUCAUUACAUAAUACAAACAAUGCUUCAAAUUUAGAUAAUAACAAUAAUAAUAAUUUUAAUAAUAAUUCAGAUAACAGAAAUAAUGAUAAUGAUAGUAAUAAUACUAGUAAUAAUAAUAACAAUUAUAGUAGUAAUAAUAGUAACUAUAACAAUCAUUCAAAUAAUGAUCAAAAUAAUUAUAACAAUGAACAAAAUAAUAACAAUAACAAUAAUGGAAAUGAUAAUACUAAUUUUAAUGUUGGACAUUUUAAUAAUCAAGACUCUUUACAAAAUAGUGAUCAAAAUAGAAGUAGACAAGAAUUAUUAGAUAAUAAUUGCCAAGAAAGAAAUAUGCAAAGUUUAUUACAAAAUAAUGUUAAUUCAGUGAUUCAUGAAAAUAAUGUUGUGUUAUCAUAUAGAAAUGAAAAUAGGAUUUCUAAUAAUUAUUAUAACCAAAGUCAUGGUGAUACUUAUUUUUAUAAUUAUCUAAGGAAUAGCAUAAAUCACAAUAGUAAUAAUAAUAAUAAUAAUAAUAAUAAUAAUAAUAGUAAUAUUAAUAAUAAUAAUAAUAAUUUUAAUAAUUGUAAUAAUACUAUUAAUAGUAGUAAUGGAAUUAGAGAAAAUGAUGAAACGAAUUACAACAGUAGUAAUUAUAGCUUCAAUGGAAGUAAUUAUGAUAAUAUAUUUAAUAAUAAUAUAAACAGUAAUUAUAAUGAAAAUAUAUAUAACAAUAAUAUUGAGAACAAUCAUGUUAAUAUCAGUUAUAAUAACAACAGUAAUAACAGUAGUAGUAGCAGUAACAAGCAUGAUUAUAUUAACGAUAGUAAUAGUAAUGGUAAAAACAGUUAUAUUAAUAAUAAUGAUAGCAAUUUAUUUUAUAAAUAUUACAUAGAUUAUAAUAAUUAUAAAUAUGAAAAUAACAAUUUUUUUCUUAAUAACCAUCAGGUAACUAUAGAUGAAUAUAUUCCAUUCAGUAGAAAUACAGACUCCAAAUUAUUUUUUAAUAUUAACAACUCUGGUGAAAAUAAGAAUUUUAAAGUUAAUAUAGGAACUAUAUUAAAUAAAGUUAAGCCAAUAACAGAUAAUAGAAAUGGUACAACCAAUGAAUCGAAUGAAAAUGCAAACACAAAAAAUGUAUAUCUUAUAAAUUUUAAGAAAAUAGAAAAACAUAAAAUUAAUGAAGUUAUACUUUAUAAAAAUAUUAAUAAAAAUAAUAUAGAAAAAAAAAGUACCAAAUAUGCUUUUAAGAAGUAUAAUAAUAAUAAUAAUAAUAAAACAGAAAUAUUCCCAAAGAAAAAAAGAAAUCAUUCGGAAACAUUUCUGUAUAUGAAUCAGAUGAAUAAUAAGACGGAGUCAAAUAAAAAUAUUAAUAGUACAUGUCAUUCUAUAUAUAACGAUAUGAAAUCACUUAAACUAAUAUAUAAUUACAUAAAUAAUUUACAUAUAAACAAUAAAAAGAAAAGUACAAAUGAUAAUAAUUUAAUUGAUAAUAAUAAAAAUUUAAAAGUAUUAACUAAAUCAAAUGUGAAUAUCAAAAAAUUUGAUUCAUUAAAUAUAUAUUCGGAUGCUCAACUGCUUGAUAGCACAUAUAGCAAAUUAAGACAGAAUGUUAUAGUUGAUAAUACUAAAAAUAAAAAUAUAUUAGCCAAUGAACAUAACAAAACAAACCAGAAUAGUUUGUUUCAUUCUGUUAAAAUGAAUUAA